GACUUUGUUGGAAGAAGUAAGAAACAAAAAGAAAAAGUGAAAGUGGAAAGUGAUAAAAAUUGAAAUUGUUCCAAAAUAUGAAUAUAAUGAGUUCAUAAUUGCUCUGACAAACAUUUCUACUGAAAUGGGUUAGAUUCCAAAAGAAAAUUAUAGAAAUAAAUUACUGAAUUUUGAAAAAUAUCUAUAAUCAUUUCAAGAAAAUAUAAAAUGAUUUCUUUUGGAAUAAACAUUGGAAAGAGGAGCCACAAUAUCUGCAGAAUUUGUUUUCGCACUUAUGAUACUGAUGGAGUGAGAGUUCGCUUUGCUCCAAGUCCGACAGGUUAUUUGCACCUUGGAGGCUUGAGGACAGCAUUGUAUAAUUUUUUAUUUGCCAAAAAGCACAAUGGAAAAGUCAUUUUACGAAUUGAAGAUACAGACCAAACUAGAUUGGUUGCAGGGGCUACCGAGCAACUACAACGGGAUCUGGAAUGGUCUGGCAUACAUAUUGAUGAAGGUCCAUCUCAAGGUGGACUUGCGGGGCCAUAUCUUCAGUCCCAGAGACUGAAUAUAUAUAGGGAACAAGUUCAAGUGCUAUUAGAAAAUGGUUCGGCCUAUCAUUGUUUUUGUACUGAGAGAAGAUUGCAAUUAUUAAGAAGAGAGGCAUUAAAAAAACAGGAAAUUCCUAAGUAUGACAAUCGUUGUCGACAUCUAUCUACCGAAGAAGUAGAGAGAAGGUUAGAAAAAGGGGAAAUGUCGUGCAUCCGGUUUAAGAUAAGUGAAAAAGAAGAAAGUUUUGAUGAUUUGAUUUAUGGAAAAAUCGCAUACAACAUUUCCCUCAACGAGGGCGAUCCAGUUAUCAUGAAAACAGACGGUUUUCCAACUUACCAUUUCGCGAAUGUAGUGGAUGAUCAGUUAAUGAAAAUAUCUCACGUUUUGAGAGGAGUCGAAUGGCAGAUUUCUACCACGAAACAUCUUUUACUUUAUAGGGCAUUUGGCUGGAGACCUCCUUCAUUCGGGCAUCUGCCUCUCUUGAUGAACUCUGACGGAUCCAAAUUGAGUAAACGUCAAGGAGACAUCAAAAUAAGCCAUUAUAGAGAAAGCAAUAUCUUCCCUUUGGCUUUGAUAAAUUUCAUUGUUCAUUCAGGAGGAGGAUUUACCAAGGAUUUAGAAAGAAAUAUCAAACCAAAAUGUUACACCAUCGAUGAGUUAGCAAGUCAGUUCGACAUCUUCAGAAUUAAUUCACAUUCCGGAAAAUUGAUGAAUGAGCGUUUAUUGGAAUUCAAUAGACUGGAAUUGAGGAGGAAGUUGCAAAAUGAGAAGGAGUUACACAAUAUGGUGCAACAAGUGAAAACAUUACUAAAAACAACUUUUGCCCAAAGAGUGGAAGAUGGUUCCUUAAAAUUUGACGAUGACCAUAUUCGGAACGUCCUGUUGUGGUCUUCUGAAAGGAUAUCCAAAUUGUCCGAUUUAGUUAGUGAGGAUUUGGCAUUUAUUUGGGUCGUUCCCUCAAACCACCACAUCGUCAGUAAGGAAGUUGACACUAUCAAAUCAUUGAAAACAAUGUUAGAAGGCAUCAAGGAGCAGGGGGACACCAAAGAUUUGAAUGCUAUUUUGAAAACUUUCUCCCAUGAACAUGGAAUCAAAUUCGCCGCACUCAUGAAAAUGUUGAGGCAUAUUCUGAGUGGUCUCAAGGAGGGACCAAGUGUCGCUGAAAUGAUGGUGAUAUUGGGAAAGAAAAAUACACUGGAGAGGUUGGAAAAUUGUAUAAAUAACGCGAAGACCUGAGGUGAAUACAUAUUUAAUGAAGAAGGUAUACAGUAGAAUAAACAAUACAAAAUGGUUCCUUGAAUGCUUUCGCUGUACCUCUUUAGAAGAAAGUCAUUUGAUUGUAAAUCAUUGUAUAAAAAUUGAACUGAGUGCGAAUGUAUAUAAAAAAUAGAAAAAUAUUGCGAUUUCAUUUA